AUGUGUAUAAGAGACAGGGAUAAAGUAAGGGAGGAUAAAGUGAGGGAGGAUAAAGGGAGGGAGGAUAAAGGGAGGGAAGAUAAAGAUAAAGUGAGGAAGGAUAAAGUGAGGGAGAAUAAAGUGAGGGAGGAUAAAGUGAGGGAGGAUAAAGUGAGGGAGGAUAAAGUGAGGGAGGAUAAAGUGAGGUAGGAUAAAGUGAGGUAGGAUAAAGUGAGGGAGGAUAAAGUGAGGGAGGAUAAAGUGAGGGAUGAAGUGGGGGAGGAUAAAGUGGGGGAUGAAGUGGGUGAUGGAGUGAGGGAUUAA